AAUCAAGCCACCCCCAGCCCUCGAGAGCCAAACUAGAUCUACCCUUUCUUCUUCCUCCUCCUACCGAGACAAAGCUCGACCUUUGCAAGCGGGCGACGUAGAGAGAGAUCUCGAGGAAGAUGAGGGAGAUCAUAAGCAUCCACAUCGGGCAGGCCGGCAUCCAGGUGGGCAACGCCUGCUGGGAGCUCUACUGCCUCGAGCACGGCAUCCAGCCCGAUGGCAUCAUGCCUAGUGAUUCUUCGGUGGGAGUUGCAACAGAUGCGUUCAAUACCUUCUUCAGUGAGACCAGUGCUGGCAAGCAUGUCCCAAGGGCCAUCUUUGUGGAUCUUGAGCCCACUGUCAUCGAUGAAGUGAGAACUGGGACAUAUCGCCAGCUCUUCCAUCCAGAACAGCUCAUCUCUGGGAAGGAGGAUGCCGCAAAUAACUUUGCACGGGGUCACUAUACAGUUGGGAAGGAAAUUGUUGAUCUCUGCCUUGAUCGAGUUAGAAAACUAGCAGACAACUGCACUGGUUUGCAAGGAUUUUUGGUCUUCAAUGCUGUUGGUGGUGGAACUGGAUCUGGUUUGGGUUCCUUGCUGCUAGAACGGUUGUCUGUGGAUUACGGAAAGAAGUCAAAGCUCGGCUUCACCAUUUAUCCUUCUCCUCAGGUCUCUACAGCUGUUGUGGAGCCAUAUAACAGUGUGCUUUCCACCCAUUCCUUGCUUGAACACACAGAUGUUGCAGUUCUUUUAGACAAUGAAGCCAUUUAUGAUAUCUGCAGGAGGUCUCUAGAUAUUGAGAGGCCAACUUACACCAACUUGAACCGGCUGAUAUCUCAAGUCAUAUCCUCUUUAACCACUUCUUUGAGGUUUGAUGGAGCUAUUAAUGUGGAUGUUACAGAAUUCCAGACCAAUCUUGUGCCCUAUCCUAGAAUCCAUUUUAUGCUCUCCUCAUAUGCCCCUGUUAUUUCUGCUGAGAAAGCAUACCAUGAGCAACUAUCUGUCCCUGAAAUCACAAAUGCAGUGUUUGAGCCAUCAAGCAUGAUGGCAAAAUGUGACCCUAGGCAUGGUAAAUAUAUGGCUUGUUGUCUGAUGUACCGUGGGGAUGUCGUGCCCAAGGAUGUGAAUGCUGCUGUCGCGACCAUCAAGACAAAGAGGACUGUCCAAUUUGUCGACUGGUGCCCUACUGGUUUCAAGUGUGGGAUAAACUAUCAGCCACCGACAGUGGUCCCUGGAGGCGAUUUAGCACGAGUGCAGCGUGCUGUAUGCAUGAUCAGCAACAAUACUGCCGUUGCUGAGGUGUUCUCACGUAUCGACCAUAAGUUUGACCUGAUGUACUCAAAGCGUGCAUUCGUCCACUGGUACGUGGGUGAGGGAAUGGAAGAAGGUGAGUUCUCGGAAGCCCGGGAGGACUUGGCUGCUCUCGAGAAGGACUACGAGGAGGUUGGAGCAGAAGGUGCAGAUGAUGAUGAGGAGGGAGAAGAUUUCUAAGCAUGUUUGAUUGCUUCUUAGUGUUUGCUUGUGUUCUAUCAUCAUGCAUUCUUAUGCAUCUCUAGUUGCUACUACUCCGAUGUUGUCUUGCUUUUGUGUUGCAUGUUUCAGCUGUCGAAUUUAAAUCGUGGUUGUUAAACGCUAUUUAAAUUAUCGUUUGUGGAAGAAGCUUGGUUCUGUUA